GUAUGGGCAGCGAGGAUGCUUCAAGUCAAAUACGUUGUAUUUCAAUUAAAACGGCCAGGAUGUACUUCCAAGGGUUUUGUGUGUUUUUGCAACUGCAUGGUGAAAGUGUACCUUUGGACAAAAUCUAUAAUAUCAAAAUCCAGAGAAAGGUGUAAGGUGUCUAUUAUUUCCAAAUAUUAAAUGGAAGCAACAAAUCGAUGAGGACUUGUCGACAUGGUUUACGGGCAGAUGUUUGAAAGGACAGCGGCUGAUCAUGAACUCAUCAAUAUAAAUGUGGGAGGAUACAAGCAGAGAGUUGACCAAGGUACCCUGCAGCGGUUUCCUCAAACAAGGUUAGGAAAACUUCUGAACUGUGACACUGAGGAGGCUAUUUUAGAGCUGUGCGACGAUUACAAUGUUGUGGAUAAGGAAUAUUACUUUGAUCGGAAUCCAUGUUUAUUCCGCUACAUUUUGAACUUCUACUACACUGGGAAACUUCAUGUCAUGGAGGAGCUGUGUGCGUUUUCUUUCAGCCAAGAGAUUGAGUACUGGGGAAUUAAUGAACUUUUUAUUGACUCUUGCUGCAGCAACAGGUACCAAGAGAGGAAGGUGGAUAAAGAUUGGGAGCAGAAAAGUGAUGAAAGUAUUGAUUCUUCCUUUGAAGAACUAUCAGCCUUGGAUAAAGAUUUGGAUAAAUUUGACAACAUGUGGUGUGGGAAAGUAAGAAAGAAUGCAUGGCUCAGAUUAGAAAAUCCUGGGCACUCGCUUUUGGCCAAAACCUUGGCAAUUUUAUCUUUAAGUGUUGUCCUUACAUCCAUUGUGGCUAUGUGCAUUCAUAGCAUGCACGAGUUCCAACAAUUUGAUGAGGAAGGCAAAGAGAUUGUUCAUCCUGCUCUAGAAGGAUUGGAGAUCGCAUGUAUAGUUUGGUUCACUGUGGAAUUCAUUGCAAGAUUUACAGUUGCACCAUGUCUAAAGAAAUUCUUCAAAAACCCUUUGAAUAUCAUUGACUUUGUUUCAAUUCUACCGUUUUACUUCACACUAGCUGUGGAGACGAUGGAUGAGGACAGCGAGGAGUUGGAAAAUGUGGGUAAAGUGAUUCAAAUCCUUCGUCUAAUGAGGAUAUUCCGCAUCCUGAAGCUGGCCAGGCAUUCAGUGGGACUACGGUCCUUGGGAGCCACGCUCAGGCACAGCUACCAUGAAGUUGGGCUGUUGCUUUUGUUUUUGACAGUUGGCAUCUCCAUAUUCUCUGUCCUUGUUUAUUCUGUUGAAAAAGAUGAAGCUGAGUCAGGGCUUCAUAGUAUUCCAAUGAGCUGGUGGUGGGCAACCAUCAGCAUGACCACAGUUGGGUAUGGGGACACAUAUCCAGUCACUCUAUUUGGAAAGGUCAUAGGGACUGUCUGCAUUAUAUGUGGGAUUUUGGUAGUUGCUUUACCCAUCACUAUCAUUUUCAACAAAUUUUCGAAAUACUAUAGGAAGCAUAAAAUGGUGGAUAUUAAUCACUGCAAUACAGAACUUGCAGAGGAUUGUUCCUUACCUUACAUGAAUAUUCGAAAUAUAUAUGCCAAAAAUAUGCAUUCUCUCAUUGCUAGUAUCUCUUCCAUGAUUAGCACCAAUGCCAGUGACGAUAGCACCAUAGAUGCCUGUAGCAUUCAAGAUCAAGAAACCAUUCAGAACAUCAGUACAUUUGAGAACUGUUCAACAAAACAAAACAUUGUCAAUUGAUUGUAUUCAUUAGUCUCACUGCUUUCCAAUCAAAGUUGUUUUUUAUGAUUAUUUAUUUGUUGCAUUUUGCAAUACUCAGGGUAUGAUAUGUUUGACACACAAUAGCUAUUUAAAUGAUUGUAGUAGCAAAAUGGAAAUGAAAGAAGCACGUGAAUCAA